AGUGCUCCGGAGCAUCCGCGGCGCGUGCACGAGACGACGACGUGCGCGACCGCAUCCGCACUCGGUACCCUACGGACGCCUGUACGUGCGCGAACUCGGGCGGGACCUUCGUCGACCUGGCUCGUACACCCUGCCUGCACUGUCUCGCAGUGUCCAUCGUCGAUGUCGAGGAGAUCGGGGCCCGGGGGGCGGGCUGCGCGCGCAGAGAUCCGUCGGUGUGCCGCCGCGAACGUCCCGUGCGCCCUCCGAAAUGGGCCACCGGACGUCUGCGAGCACGGCCGCGCACGCUCUGCGCGUCUCGACGCGAUGAAUCGCGCGUACCUCCCGCAUUCCGCCUCCGCAGAACGCGUCCUUCGAACGGCGCGCUCCCCAGAGCAUUGCGCACCAGCCCCUGCGUUCGCGGGUGCGUUCGACGACUUUCGCAUUUCGCCAUCGUGCAGCGGGCCGGCCUCGAGCCCAAGACGGACCCCUCGUCCGUCGUCUCCAGCGGCCCCAGAGACGGCGGAGCGUGCGCGGACGACGGCGCCGUCGCGAGCACGAGCGCACAACACCCGUUCCGUGCCCGCCGCCAGUGUUCUUCACUCUCAGGGAUCGCGCGGCGCGCUCGAACCGCUGCGUGGGUGUAUGCAUGAGGAUGCAGCGCGAGCUCUGUGCACACAGGGCCGCCUCGAUUGGCUCGCCUCCGCAGGACGCGUCCUUCCGACGGCGAGUGCUCACAACCGUUUCCAACCAGCGCUGUCAUUUGCGGGCCGAUUCGACAACUUUCAAUUUUCGUCCUUCGGCACCGUGUCGACCUCGACCGUCUCUGGCACCCAAAAACGAACCUCGUCCGUUGCCCUCCACAAUCGCAGGGCCGGCGCAGAGUGUUCGAACGAUGCCGCCAUCGCACACACGGAGUCGCACCGCACGUUCUGCGCGCGGAAUGUCGUAUUUUCGUAUUUUCGCGAAAUAGCGGCCCCAGAGCGGCGAGAUGCGAGCGAGCGGGCACCCACCGAUCGGAUGGCUAUGCGAGGGUGCGCGCGCGGCGGCCGUGCGUAUGCGCCGCGUCCGUCCGAAACACGCGAAUGCGGAUGAUCCGGAGGCGCCGCGGUGUUGUGUGGGUCGUGUCCGGGCAUCGUGCCAGCACGGACGUCUGGCCAAGAGUCCCACAUCGCUUCGGAGGAGGUCCGUGCGCGGGCGGAGAGGUACUUAGGGUGCAUGAGGACCCGGGUCGAGCUGCAUGCCCUGUCCCCCCUCUUCCUCUUGUCCCCCUCUCGUCUUCGUCUCCUGCGACGCACGCCGCGGACGCGGUGCGGUCCUGUGGUGGUGGGCGCUGUCGACGAGGUCGCAGGCCCAUCGUCCCGUGCCCAUCCUCGUCUGGAGCGACUGCAGAGGCGCAGUGCGCGGUGUGCCGCUGCCGGUACGCGGUACGUACUCCAGGGUCGCCCGCAAUUCGUCAAUGGCGUGGUGCGACGUCUUGUCUCUGGAAGUCGUCGCUGCUGUGGUAGUUGUACUGCAAACGAGGUGAGUAUUCCCGUCGCGUCCUGCGAGAUGUUCGCGCUGAUGCACCUAUUCACAGGCUCGCGCCGUUUGAGAGACGACUGCGGGGGCUGCGCUGGGCAGGUGGUCGCAAGGGGCAGGUAUGUAUCUGGUAAGGUAGGUGCUCGGACACAUACGACGAGCGGUAGCUCCGAUGCAGACGUCCCGGACGCCUCUGCGGGUGCAGCCGUGUAUGCCAGCGAUAGAGGCGUCCCAGGAUCGAGUCAGGGAGCGGCUAUCUGCAGGCAAAGGUAAGCCAUUGUCCGACGGGCUAGCGCAUACGUACCGGGUACAGGGCGCAGUCGCACCCGCGGGCGCUGUAUGUAGGUAGUCAGAAGGGUGGGAUAGACGGCGGCGAAUGUUGUAUUGAUAGAUCAAUAGACUUGAG